AUUAUACAAAAUGCCAAAUUCAGAAAUUUCUGAACUUUGAGCUUUGUGUAUAUUAUAGAUGGCCAAAUGGUUAGCACAUACGCGCUGUAUCACAAGGUCUGUCAUUGAGUCAGCUGGCAUGGUUUCGAUUUCACGGUUGUACCUGACUAGGAGUAGGGUCGCCUCUUCAACCUUGUGGGUUUUCUCCAGGUCCUCUGGUUUCCUCCCACUGCUAAAGACCCCUACGUGCAAGUGAAUUAUUGAAAUAAAAAUUGAACUGUGUGUUAGUCCCAAAAUGACCUAGUUUGUGUCAAGUGGAGUUAAACCCCAUCUCUCUCUCUAUCUUGCAGUGGGGCCAGUUUAAUUAACUACUACAAUAUAACAAUUCUGAUAAAGUUAAAGGCAUUAAAUCUAUAUAACUGGUUGGGUAUUGAAGUAUGGGGCGUUCCAAUAAGAAUGCUGAUAAAGCAGAAAAGCUAAAGAUUCUUUUGCAAGCAUAUGUUAAGAUAAUUCCUUGUCGGAAAGUGACUGUUGAAACUUUAUCAAGAGAUGGAAAUGUCUUAUCGACACAGAAAAAGGAGAACUGUAAUGAGCCAGUAAUUUUAAAUAUCUCUGAACAAGAAAUUUUUUCAAAUGAUGUACAAGAUUUCACUGUUAUUGAAAAUGACAGUCUAAUUGCAGAGAGUUUGUUCCAACAAUAUCAAAUAUUUACCACAAAAGUCAGUGUUAAGUGUCCAUGCAUUGAAAAAAAUGCGAACUCUGAAAAAUCAUCUUCUAGUUUUGAUAAAAUUGUAAAGGAUUUUUUGAGUGAUUCUAAUGUAAUUAAAACAACCACAAAAUCAGUUGAUGCAGAUAUCACAGUAGAAAUAUAUAAAAACUCUGAAGAAAAUCUCCCAACAGAUCUAAUUCAUGACCUAGACCAAACUAUACAGACAGAAUCAAAUCUGACAGAGUCAGGCAAUACACCAUGGUCUAAUGAAAUGGAUUUUGGUAUUCAAAAUGAUAUUUUGGGUAUUGAUAGAACAGAAGUUAAAGAUAAUGAAAAUAACAAUGCUGAAAAAAGUGAUACAACAAUGCCUAUACCUAAUAAUACUUCAGAUACUACAACUUUUAUACCAGACCUUACUAAAGCUACCACAAUUACAUUACCAAACCUUAAUUCAAACUUGGAAUCCGAAAUGAAUUCAACCAAACUCCCAUCUGCUACAACUGAUGCCCCGGUGAAAGAAACUCAAAAAGAUAGACAACUUUCUAAAUCUGAACCAGUGGACGAAGCUCAAUGCGAAAAAGAUACAGAGCUUAUUUCGCCAGUACGGCGGACAAGCAGACGUCCAUCCAGCAACAAGUUUAAUUUGGCUGUGAAGGCUUUAAAACCAAAAUCGUCAAGGAAACCAGUUAAAGAGAGUAAAAAAGAAACUUCACAAAAAUCAACUGAGAAGAAAAAAAUUUCAAUUGAGAUAAAGCCUAUCAAAACCAGAUCUUCAUCCAGACUGAAUUUGUUAAGUGAUGAAAAUAUUUCACAAACCACUCAAGAUCCUAAAAGUCCUUUAAACGAGACAUUAGAUAAGACGAGUGAAGAAUCCGUAACACAAGACACUUUAUGUACCAAUCCUUAUGUUGAGGAUCAAACAUCCAUGUCCAUAGAUGAAGAGAUAAAAUUGAUCCAAAAUUCCCCAAUAGAAGAUACGCAAAAUGUUGAUACUAGUAACAGCACUAUAAGGGAUGCUGAUAAAUGUAUAGAUAAUAGAGAAGUAAAUAAAGGAGAGAAAAGAAAAAGAAAGGCAAGUGACAUGACCAUCAUAAAAUCUGAGCCAAAUGACAAUAUUGAGAAUGUGGUAGAAGAUGAUGAAGAAUUUUCCUUAGAUGCUUUUACAAAGAAAGGAAGAAAAAGGAAACAACAGACUGCCAAAAUGUUGAUAAAGACGGAGAAAUUAACAAACACCCCAUCUCCUUUCCGAACUCUAGAGACAACUUGUAAAAUAUGUAAUAAAACCUUGGCCAAGGGUGGACUUACCAAGCACAUGCAGCAUCACCAACAUAAAGGCUUCGAAAAGAAAGAAAAACUAACAUGUUCAUUUUGUAAUCGACAAUUUAAAUAUCAGUAUGCCUUAGAUUGUCACUAUCAAACCCAUAACGGAGAAACAAAAGAUGGUAAAUUUCAGUGUGAAGUGUGCAGUAAAGUGUAUGCUAAUAAAAGUGCCUUGUUUAAACAUAGACGACAGGGACCAUGUUCAACACAAUAUAAAUGUGACACAUGUGGUGUAUCAUUCUCUGGUGAGAAAAGUUUACAGUUUCACAUCAACCAAGAACAUAAAUCUAUGUCAAACUGUCCACCUCAUUUGAAAUGUUCCCACUGUGGUAAAAUGUUUGUGACACAAGGCGGGUUGAAGAAACACGAGAGUCUCAAUCAGUGUAAAACUGAUCUUCAAUGUCAUCUGUGUAAGAAACGAUUUGCAAAAGUAAUUUACUUUGAAAGACACAUGUUAAAACAUGAAGAGUUUGCGCCUAAAACAUUUCAAUGUGAUUUGUGUGGGAGUUUCCUAGGCUCUAUAUAUUCUCUUCACAAGCACAUGUAUCGCCAUAAAAAGAUUAAAAAUGCAACGUGUUCUCUGUGUAACAAAUCUUUCUUUGAUCCGUCUGCCUUGAAAGUUCAUAUGCGAAGUCAUAAUAAAGAAAAACCAUACAUUUGUGAUGUUUGCGGUCAAUCUUUCACCCAGUCUGGUCAUUUAUGCCGUCACAAACUCCUAGCACAUCAAAUAGGCAAGUUCCCUUUCACAUGUACAAUUUGUAGCAAAGGCUUUGUGGAUAAAAGAAAUAUUGAAAGCCAUUAUAAAACACAUGAGAAGCGGCACCUUAGAGAGGAACUGAAAAAAAUGAAAUCUAAAAAAGAAAAGAAACCAAAAGUUGAACCUAUAGAAGAAGUGACAGAGUCGAAUGUUAUUCAUAUUGAAACUGAAUAUGAUAUAUCUGAUUUAUUAAAUGCACAUAUGACACAAACUAAUGCUGAUGGUAGUCAAACUAUUAUAUCAUCUUCCAAUAACCUCCAAUCUAUAGAACAAAUUUUACAGGCGGCCAGCGGAAAUCCUUCUUCUAUAGAGUAUAUUAGUACACAAGAGAUUGAGGAAAAUCAGGUCUACGAUGAGCAUCAGACUAUCAUUAAUAUUGGAGAUUUAAAAGUAGAAAAUGCUGUUAAUGAGAAUAUUGUGUAUACUAUUGAUGAUAAUAUAGGUGCUGUUGAGUCAAUACCAGCUUCAGAUUUAGGUAUUUUAGCAGAGACUGCUCAACAAUUCCAGGGAACAGAAGGAAUUACUUACUACAUAAUCAAGAAAUAGUGAUGGUCUAGCUUUGUUUGGAUUGAUAUAUUAUAUAUGUAUUUGCAUGAACGGAAUAACAAUUAAUCCUUACUUAUUUACACCCUAAAAAACACAUAUUUAUUGUUACACUGAAAUUUUGUAUUAUUAACAUGCAAUAAUUGUACUAAUUGUAGGUACAUUCAUCAUACUGAUAUUGCUGUGACAAUUUGUUUAUUGAAAUUUUGAAAUAUUGUACAUUUUUGCAUAAUUAAAAUGACUAUAUUUCUU